AUGGUGUAUGGAAUAAUAAUCCACUCGUCCGAAUGUCAAGAGAAAUACUAUUUCAGCUAUUACUACGAUGAAGAGAAAACUGAGGAGGAUGAAAAGGAGGGAGAAGAAGACGACUGCAUUAGACAACGGACCAUUAUUAAAAGAGUCCUUGAAGAAAUAACUUACUAUGAAAAUGAAAAAGAGAAAACGGAUAAUACGAUAAAGAAUCACAGGGAGAAAUAUUUGGAUUUGCUGGACACGUUCCUCUCAAAGAAUAACAAUGACGAAGGAAAAAUAAACAGAGAGGGUUUCUUCCGAAUUGUCGAUCCCUCCCUUUUCAAAAAUAGGAUUAACGUUCUAUGGAAAGUUUUGAACAAAAUUUGCUACACCCUGGUAUUCUAUGCCCACGAAAACAUUCACCUGGCGGACUAUUUCUUGCACACAUUUAUAAGCGCCCUGCGGGAGCAGCAAGACGCAGUGAAGAGGAAAAAAUACAAAAGUGACAUGGACCUUUUUCACCCCGAUACUGUGCUGGCCGUGCUGUACUUCUUCCUACCAAAAGGGCAACUGCUGCUGAUAAAUGAGAACCACGCAAAAUUUCUGAACAGCCAAGUUAAGCAGUUCCUCGAGGAUAAGACACAGUUGAACCCCAAGGAUUCCAAACAGGCUUGA